CAAUAUUUACAGCUUUAUUUGAUAUUUUUUUGCUAGUUGAUGUUAAUAUUUUAUGUAGCUUUGCACUGGCAGAUUUACUUUAAUUGAACGAUGUUGCAUUCUUCCCGUCUUAUAUUAAAUAGGAAAUUAUGCUGCUUUUUAAUAACUAGACAGAAAGUUGAUACUUAUUUUAACCGAAUUGGUAUUUUAGGAGCGCCUUUCAACAAGGGUCAACCAAAAGAUGGUGUGGACAAAGCUCCUGAGGCAUUGAGAAAAUAUGGCUUAAUAGAGCAAUUACAAAACUUAGACUUAGAUGUAAAAGAUUAUGGGAAUUUACAGUUUGAAGAGCACCUGGACCCAAACAACAGUAAAAGUUUAUCAGUUGGUGCAGCUUGCAAAAAGCUAUCAGAUGGUGUGAAAAAAGUCCUUUCAGAUGGUAGAAAAUGUGUCACUAUAGGUGGAGAUCACAGUUUGGGAAUGGGAACAGUUCAUGGUCAUUCACAAGUGCAUGAUGUAUGUGUCUUAUGGAUAGAUGCCCAUCCUGAUAUUAAUACUGCUUAUACUAGUUCUUCAGGGCAUAUCCAUGGAAUGCCUUGUUCUUUCCUAAUAAAAGAACUUAAAAAGUACAAAAAACCUUUACCUGGAUUUAAUUGGUUGAAUCCAUGUAUAAACAAGUCUAAUGUGGCUUUUAUUGGACUUAGAGAUAUUGAUCCUCUUGAAAAGCUGAUUCUUACAAAAGAAAAUAUUCUUCAUUAUACUAUGCAUGAUAUUGAUAAAUUAGGUAUUUUUGAAGUAACUAAUAAGGCAUUGGAAGCUAUAAAUCCCAUGGGAAAGCUGUCAUUGCAUGUAAGUUUCGAUAUAGACAGCAUUGAUAAAAUGCUUACACCUAGUACUGGAACACCAGUAAUUGGUGGAUUAACUGUGAGGGAAGCAUUAUGUAUUGCUGAAGAAAUUUCUCAUUUAGAUUGUUUUCGAGCCAUUGAUCUUGUGGAAAUCAAUCCUAAGUUAGGAAGUAAAGAGCAAAUUGAAAAUACUCUGAGUAUUGGUACAUUGGUCUUAAAGACAUUCCUUGGUUAUUCUCGUCAUGGCAUCUUACCAAAAAAUGCUCAAGAAAUUCCUACAGCUUAGUUAUUUUCAACUGCUCAACUUAUUGCAUUUAUCUAUUUGCUCAAUUUAUAUGUUGGAUCAACAAUGUCUUUAUGCUCAUUUUUAUUGAUAUUAUUAAAUAUAAGCAGUGUGUUUAUUUAUACUGCUAAGAUUGCAUUUGUGCAAAAUAUAAUAUUUUAAAUAAAAUGUUUUUAAAAAUUUA